CCCUCGUUUUCCAUUUGCGUGAGCUGGCAAGCCGUUUUACAAAGAGAACUUCCAACAARAUAAAGAAUGAAGUCAAAACUUUUUGAAUUUUCGGUGGCGAUGGUUCGAAACCGAACGGCAGCUUCUGUCAAAAUCGGAUCAACAACACUAUUUCGAGAGCUUCUCUGUUGGUAUUAGCUGAYCAUUGAUCAUCCAGCGAUAAUCAAAGGUCGGACGAUUUUGCUGUGGGUCUGCAGGUUAAAGAGCGAAAAAGCGAAGGUUACGACAUCGAUAGAAAUGAGUCGUGCGAACACGAGCACCUCAUCCGUUUCCUGGACUUUGCCUCUGUUAAAUGUGGCAUUUGCGGUGGCGCUUUGCGUCCUGCACUUUCAAGCCGAGUCGGUGACAGCUGCAUUGGAUAGCGAAAGCGAAGCAUCUACGAUGGAUCCAUGGACCCGGAUUGCUUCUGGACCCAAGCAUUGGAGCACGAUGGACAAGGUUUUGUUCAUGGCACUCAUCAUGUUGGCACUGGAGUUACUCAAUUUCAUAUGCAAUAAUUURGGAGGUACGAUCCUUUGCCUGGCUGUGGUGUUGAAAAGAUGUCCCCGACAAUGCACCAAACCGGGAGGAACAACCUAGCGAAGACUUCUGCUUACCCAUUUUUCCAUCUGUUUAUCUCGUUCUCCAUGUCAUCGAUCAUUUAGAUUGGAUAAAUGCGAAACGUAUUC